GGCAGGGGCGGAAGUUCCGUCCGGCGGCGGCGGAGGCGGCGAUGAUGAGCUUCGAGUGGCCCUGGCAGUACAACUUCCCGCCCUUCUUCACGUUGCAGCCCAAUGUGGACACAAGGCAGAAGCAGCUGACUGCUUGGUGUUCUUUGGUGCUCUCCUACUGCCGUCUUAACAAGCUCUACACCAUGACCGUCGCGGAGGCCCAGGAGAGCUCCCUGUUCAACAACCGGAAGCUGCAGCGAAAACUGCCUUUGGAAUCCAUCCUUGUUGUGCUAGAGGAGCUCAGGAAAAAAGGGAAUCUUGAAUGGCUUGACAAGAAUAAAUCCAGCUUCUUGGUCUUGUGGCGACGGCUGGAAGAAUGGGGCAAGCUUAUCUACCAGUGGGUCUCGAAGAAUGGGCUGACCAACUCUGUUUUCACGCUCUAUGAGUUGUCCAAUGGCGAUGACACGGAGAAUGAAGAGUUCCAUGGGUUGGAAGAACCCCUGCUACUCCGCGCUCUGCAGGCUUUGCAGCAGGAACACAAGGCUGAAAUCAUCACGCUGGACGAUGGGCGGGGCGUCAAGUUCUUUUAGCAGUGAUCCUGCUUUAACCGUCGAGUCUGAUGGGCGCCCUGUCUUUCUUGGCUGAAGGGGCCUCUGUAUGCUUCAGUUUCCUUGCAGCGAAGGCUGGAACAUCACAAGUGUUACCUGAUGGCUCAUCGUCUUUCACCUCUUCAGUGGCUGACUUUCUCUUUGUAUUUCUCCUCUGCUGCUUCUGCCCCUUCAAGGAGUCGUCACACUCAAGG